AUGGCAGUGGUCAGCAACGGUCAUGUAGUCAACACAGCUGCCGUCUCACCUCAGGAGGCUGGAUCAGAUGAACAACAUUCAUUCAAUCUCAGUUUCCCAAUCCAAAAUGGGACCACACUCUUCUUUGCGGUUCAGUCAGAGGAUGAACAAAAUGCAACAUCUGAAACCUCCAACAUUGCUCAAGCUUCAAAGAUCCUCCCUGGUGUAGUGCAGCUGAACCCUCUAAAGCCUCCAGUUUCUGAGGAACCACUUGAGGUUGGAAGCUUCACCAGAACAGCCACCGGAGAGAGUUUUGUGGUGAAACUUUCAAGCACAACUCCACCAACCUUCCCUCCUAACAGAAUCACAGAUCUGAGUGCUGAGCUCCAGGAGGACACUGUGUUUCUCAGCUGGACAGCACCUGGUGAGGACCUCGACCAAGGCACAGCUAAAUCCUAUGAGAUCAGGUGGAGCUUUGACCUUGAUAUGCUUCGAAACAGCUUCAGCAACGGUCAUGUAGUCAACACAGCUGCCGUCUCACCUCAGGAGGCUGGAUCAGAUGAACAACAUUCAUUCAAUCUCAGUUUCCCAAUCCAAAAUGGGACCACACUCUUCUUUGCGGUUCAGUCAGAGGAUGAACAAAAUGCAACAUCUGAAACCUCCAACAUUGCUCAAGCUUCAAAGAUCCUCCCUGGUCCAAAAGCCCCAGGAGUAUCAAACCCAGGCAUGAAUUUGACAGUUAUUGUGAUUUCUGUGUGUGUGGUAACUAUGGUCAUAUGCUUUAUUGUAGCUGUAUCCACAUGGGCAGUGAGACGCAGGAAUCUCUCUGUCUAA